AUGGAGGCUGGCUCAGAACCCAGUGAAAGUAUUCAUGAUGAGAAGCAAGUCGACGCAUCUGCGGAGAGCCAGCUUAGCGCGCAGGAGGAAAAGGCCGCAUCUGAGUUCAAUUUUCGUUCCAUCGGGGUACUCUGCGCUGGUUCACUGGGUCUGUUUGUCACCGUGGGCUUCAUGAAUGCCUAUGGAGUCUUUCAGCAAUACUAUACCGCUCACUACCUUCCAAAUGAAUCCAACUUCCAAAUCUCCUGGAUCGGCUCCUUCGCCAGCUUUGCAUGCUUUGCCUUCGCAGCUCCAGCAGGCUUCUUAACCGAUCGAACUGGUCCUACAGUUCCUAUAGCGAUCGGCUCAGUCUGUGAGAUCGUCGCAGUCUUCAUGGUAUCUCUGUCCAGGAAAUACUACCAAUUUUUCCUCAGCCAAGGAGUCCUACUCGGUAUUGGGAUGUCAAUGAUCGCUAUUCCCGUUACGGUAGUCAUUCCCAUGCAUUUCAAGAAGCAUCGAGCACUGGCGCAAGGCUGUACGAUUGCGGGAUCCUCACUCGGCGGCGUCAUCUGGCCCAUCGCCCUCGAUCAACUGCUGAACAAAGACGGCAUUAGCUUCGGAUGGUCAUUGCGGAUUGUGGGAUUCACUAUGAUCCCGCUGUGUGCCGUGGUCAUUCUUUGCACUCAAAAGCCACAAAAAAAGAAGAAAGAUCUUUCUGGUCUCAAACACCCCUCCUACAUUUUACUCUGCGCAGGACUGGCCUUCUCCUUCUUCGGCUUUUUCUCUCCGCUAUUCUUCGUUACGACAUAUGGCGUCAGUCUCGGAAUCUCAGAAAGCACAUCGUUCUACCUCCUGUCCGCCCUGAACGCUGCCUCACUCUUCGGCCGUAUCCUCCCUGGAAUCGUCGCAGACAAACUCGGACCAUUCAAUGUCCUAGUCUGUGCUACCUUCGGCAGUGCGAUUGUCACGUUCUGCUGGACUGCAGCCACCAGCCUCGCUGGCUUGAUCGUCUGGUCCAUUGCGUAUGGAUUCAUUUCUGGGGCGAUCUUGAGCUUACAACUCGUCUGCGCGACGACGCUCACGACGGACGAAUCCCAUGGAGCCGGUGUGGGGAUGGUUAUGGCGUCGGUGAGUUUGACGGGAUUGUUUGGAACACCGAUCGCAGGCGAGCUGGUGAAGGGUGGAUAUCUCGCGCUGAGUUGCUUUGCAGCGGCGACGUUGCUUGUGGGCGGAGUGUUGUUGGGAUUGGCGAGGUUGGCGAAGGACAAGAGGCUGCUUGUGAAAGUGUAA